UCGGGCAUCGCACCUACGGAAUACCGGCCAACCAGCAAACACCAGAACCCUGAACAGCGACGAAGACUCAGACCGAACAGUGCACACAUUGUCAACAGGAGCGGCGGAUCUCCUAUCGCUCUGUCCGAGAGAGAAAGACGAAAAAGGUGUGAGCAUCCCGCGUACUCUCGGCCGUGGUCGUUGAAUCAGCGACGACGCUAUGAAGAUGUUUCGCCUGGCGGCCUUGCUGCUCGUUGCAGCUCUCGCCUUCCAGCCACUGUGCAGAGGUGCUACAGUGGUCAACAGCGAUCAGGCCAAAGCUGAAAAAACAGCUGCGAGCGUGCAGACGAGGGAAGCGGGCGAGGAGGAUAGCAAAGCCAACGCAGAUGCUGAUGAGGUCGCACUGGUAAGCCUGCUGGCUGAUGAAGACAACGACAGCGACGAAGAUGAGGAGACUGACACCGACGAGGCUGAAGCGGAAGCCUCAGAAGAUGACAGCGACGAAGACGAUGAUGAGGAUGAGGAAGACGAUGAUGCCAGCCAAGGUGACAGCAGUGAUGAUGCCGAAUUGGGUAAAAGCCUCGACACAUUGGCAAAGAGCGACCUCAGCUAUACUGCUGAUGCCGAAGAGGAUGACGAUGAGGAUGAUGAAGACCAGGAUACUGCAGUCGGCGAGAGCAAGAAUGCACUAGCUGACGCUUCGAAAAUGUCCGCCACAGAGGCGGAUAAGUCUAAUUUCAUUGGCAGAUACUCACGCCGCCGCUCUAUCUACCGCCGCCGUUACUACCGCCGCCGCUCCGUCUACCGUCGCCGCUACUACCGCCGCCGCUCCGUCUACCGUCGCCGCUACUACCGCCGUCGUUCUGUCUACCGCCGCCGCCACUACCGCCGUCGUUCUGUCUAUCGCCGUCGCUACUAUCGACGUCGUUCUGUCUAUCGCCGCCGCUACUAUCGACGUCGCUACAUCUCCCGUCGUCGCUACAUCUCCCGUCGCCGUUACAUUUCCCGUCGCCGUUACAUUUCGCGCCGCCGCUACAUCUCCCGUCGCCGCAGCUACAGAGGUUAGAGCGGACGUGCGUGGCUUCCACGGUGACUCGACUACUAGUAGCUCUGUUUUUGUAGCGGCAGGAACACCAUGACCACUGCCGGCCCUGCUGACUCUAGCCUAGGACUAGACGAGAGUCAGACUAGAUCAAUAUAGUGCACCCGUAUGCGUAUGUCACCAAAAUGUCCAUCUAUCUUACAGCUAGCUGCUGGCCAACAUGUCACGUGACCUGAUGCAGAUGAUUCCGUGCUGGCUGCACUGCAGCAUAAUUAUGAUCAUACCACACAUGCUCAACCAGUCGGCUCGCUCUGUCUGCCCAGGAACGGUGUGCGUGUUGCCGCUUCUUCUCUACCUGCAUGCGCGAUUUAUCUGCGACGCUUCUAUUGGCUUUCCUCGUUUUGCCUGCCUCUCAGAGUCUCACUCUGUUUCUAUUUCGUACCGUCUCGUUGAUGAAUGAGCGUAACCAUGGUGCAUGACGACAUGUCGCUAUGGGGACGUAAACAAAGUGAUACCGAUAGUGUUCUUCUGUAUCCCCAACUACGCCGGCAUGAACCGGUAUCAUGUAGCCACUGAUAGCAUGUUCUACAUCAGUAUAUUUACACAGCUUUCAUACUCCUGAUCCUUCCCUUUCUUUUUUACAGUGCUCGAUCGCUAACGUAGCUGAGAAGGAAUCUGCCGCGAGCAGCUGCCACCAUAUUUCCCACUUCAUUUCCCCAAUAUCUCCUAGAAAAAUUGACGAAAUUGAGAACUUACUACUUUUCAAUAAUAAUAAUUACAACAGCGAGAAUUGUUACAUGUA